GCAACAAAAGAUUUAAACUACGCAUUAAGCUUGUGCGUAGGUACAAAUCGUGUUUAAUUUUAGUAGUAGCCAGUGCGCUUCAGACGAAGCAUUAAACAAAGUUGCAAUAUUUCGGAGCUGCAGCAGUUGGCUUUAGUCCGGAACAAUUAAUUUUAACCAGAUCGAGUGAAGAGGCGGAGAAAACAGCGCCAAACGAAAAGUAAAACGCAUUUUCCUACGCAUACAUUAAAACCAAAAGCGAAUACACACACACACACAGACAGACAUUUAAACGAAAUAAACAGAAGGGCCAAAAUAACUCGAAAAAACGUAUAGUUUAACUUAAAAUCGAGUUAAUAAGCAAUAAAACCAAGUUAUCUUUGGUGUUGACGUGUUGAACACACAUACCGAUAAACAAAACAAAAUGUCUACGACACCAAAAUCAAGCGAAGAUUUGCUGGGUGAAUCUUGGAUUGAACUAAGCACAACAGCUGCAAUGGCUGGCAUUAAGAGCCCCGACAGAAUCACUCCGUUGCCAUUCAACAAUGGCGAGGAGUAUCUGAGACUUCUGCGCGAAGCUCAACGCGAAUCAAACCAGUCGAGCCGAGUCGUUUCCUUGGCCAGCUCCCGUCGUGAUACGCCCCGUGAUAGCCCCAAAAGUCCACCGAACAGUCCCCAGUCUGAACUUUGUCCGGACGAUGAGCUCAGAAACGUCUACAUUAACUACUGGACCAAGGGUGGAGAUAAACAGAAUGCAGACAAUGGAGAUUGGCUAAAGAACUGGAAUCGCAACACGGAGGAGCAGCCACCCAAAAGCUGGAAUUUCGAUGCUGUAACUGGAGAUGCUGGUGAUGAGGACGAGAAAAAGAAGACUAACCCAGGGUACUCCAUCCGCUUGAAGCGUCUAGGCUCCAACUCGUUGUUCUCCCGCGAAAUUCUAUACUCGCUGCUGGUGACCAAUGUCCUGUCUUUGCUGCUGGGAGCCGGUUUCGGAUUGUGGUUGAGCAAGCGUGGCAUACUCCUUACCCGCGUGGUCAUUGACUGAAAGAUGCCAUAAACAAAAAGAAAAACAGAAGAAAGAAAUAUAAACGUUUUCAAUCUAUCAAUAUGCACUUCAAUCGAAAACAGAACACGAUGCGUUCCAUAUAAGAAAUCGAAGUAUACACAUAUAAACAGCCAGCCGUAUUCCAA